AUGAAAAGAGCUGUGAGUCAGCUGGAGGAGACGCUCAGUAAACAGAUGAAGAAGCUGUUUGAGGUCGAGCUGCUGAAGAGGGUCCAGCAGUCUGCAGUGGAUGUGACACUGACACUCGAUCCUGAUACAGCACAUCCCUAUCUCAUCCUGUCUGAUGAUGGAAAACAAGUUAAACUGGGUGAUGUAAAGAAGAAUCUCCCAAAGAAUCCAGAGAGAUUUGAUUAUUGUGUUAAUGUCUUAGCAAAGCAGAGUUUCUCUUCAGGAAGAUUUUAUUAUGAGGUUCAGGUUAAAGGGAAGCCUGAGUGGGAUUUAGGAGUGGCCAGAGAGUCGAUCAACAGGAAGGGACAGAUCACAGCAACUCCUAAAAAUGGUCAAUGGACGAUAUGUUUGAGGAAUGAAAAUGAGUACUAUGCUCUUGCUGACACUUCAGUCCGUCUCUCUCUGAAGUCUCGGCCUGAGAAGGUGGGGGUGUUUGUGGAUUAUGAGGAGGGUCUGGUCUCCUUUUAUGAUGUUGAUGCUGCAGCUCUUAUCUACUCCUUUACUGGCUGCUCCGUCACUGAGAAACUCUACCCACUCUUCAGUCCCUGUCUUAAUGAUGGUGGUAAAAACUCUGCCCCUCUGAUCAUCUCUCCUGUCAAUCAAGCACGUAGGAGCAGUUUGACCAGAGAUAUUUAAUUUUAACUAAAACUAAUAGCGUCAGUCACACAAAGUAGAACAACCAUCUGAUUUUCUACAGAAAGAUUCACUCUCAUUUAAUGUAAUAAAUGUAUAUUAUUGGUGAUGUACUGUGAAUACAUUGUUGACUUUUUAGAUUCUGAUUAAUGUGGUUUUUCCUCUUUUUCUGUAAAUGGUUUCUUUGAUGUGUCACGUUGCUACUUACUACUACAACACAAAGAUUUAAUCCCACUGCU